CCGCCACUCCAUCAACGUCUCCCGCCACCAUGCAGAUGCCCUGCGAAGUUUGCUACGAGGACGCGACGCGUGUCUGCUCCGCUUGCAAGUAUACGCGGUACUGCUCGGAGGCAUGCCAGAAGGCGAACUGGAAGACCCAUAAGAAGGGUUGCGAGAUUCAGCAGAUGCUGAACAGGAUGAACGAAGAGCAUGCCGCCGCCCCGCGUGCACGCCCCAACCCCAAGCGCUGCACCGGCUGCAACGUGAGGUUCACCGAAGACUACCCAUGCGAUGGUGAAUGUCCCGACUGCGGGUACGUCGCAUGCGAGUCCUGCAUAUGCGACAACAACAAUGGGACGUGCUACUGCCCGAAUUCCAAUUUCGGCAACAAGUACUGCCAGAUGGAGCCGCGGUAUUACCACACGGACGGCAAUGGCAGGGGGUACGGCGGAGACCGUCACCCCGAGCUGUUCCCCGACGAGGCGUACCCGGAGGACUUCUAUGAGCCGGAGCCGCGGGCGUGCAACAACUGCGGGGAGGUUGCAAAGCUGCUCAAGAAAGAGUAUUGCCGCGAGAUCCGGUUCUGAGUGAGCCGCCCGUAUCCUUUGUUUUGAUAUGACCUGCAUUGUUGUACCUGCUUGUGGAUAUCUUUCACUCUAUUGCUUUAUCUUGGAAUUUUAUCUUCGAU